AUGAUUCAAGCAUUCAUCCGAUCGUCUGGCGCUUCUAAGGACAACCCAGUGUUGUUGAUACUUGAUGGCCAUGCAACACAUGUCAGAAACUUGGAUGUCAUAGACCUUGCCAGAGACAAUGGUGUUGUAAUGCUGUGUCUGCCUCCACAUUGCUCUCACAGAAUGCAGCCACUUGAUGUGAGCUUCAUGAAGCCACUGUCAACAUACGACCAAGAACUGGAAAAAUGGUUGAGAAACAAUCCAGGUCGAGUUGUCACGUCCUUCCAGGUUGCAGAGUUGUUUGGCAAUGCAUACAUGAGGGCAGCAACUACCCAGGUGGCAGCUAGUGGGUUCCGCAAAACAGGAAUAUAUCCUACCAACAGAGAUGUCUUCCUCCCUCAUGAAUUCCUAGCGGCAGAUGUGACAGAUCUUCCCAUGGAUGACAGAGACAACAAAGAACACGGUGAAUCAGGAGUUGAAGUAGCUGCUCCAGGUUGUGAGGAUAAGGUUGAUGGUGAAGAAGGCAUUCCAGAGUUGACUGACACAGUAGACUCCGAAGAACCUGACAAGGAAACUCAUGGAGCAGCUACAGAAGGCUCCAAAACGGCUCCAAACCUGCUUGCCAUUCCAACAACUCCUGAUACUGACAACGGUAAUGCAGGUCCCUCAACUUCUCGGUACCAAUCACCAUUUGUCAUUUCCCCACCUCCUAAAGCUAGUACUACCUCCAGGACCAAGAGAUCGAAUGCACGAUGUGGCAAAGCUGUGGUCCUAACAGAAAGCCCUUACAAGUCUGAACUUAUCCUCUCAAAGACAACUCGGGCAAAGAAGGGAAAUUCAGGAAAAGCGCGCACAUGCAACAAGCGAUCUUCUGAUGUCCAGCCUCAAACCGGUGGGAAAAGAAAGCGCAAGACAGAACAACCAGAAGCAGAGAAUGACACUUCAUCCAAUGAAGAUGAUGAUGCCGAGUGUAUCUACUGCAGUGAACUGUGGAGUGCAGGCAAGGAUGGCAUGAUCAAGUGCUCACUCUGUUUUGGAUGGGCACAUGAAGCUUGCACGGGAAAAGAGGGUGAUUCUGAUGAAGAAUUCGUAUGUGAUCUCUGUUCUUAA